UACAACCGUAGUCCGGGUAGUCGGUAGGGCUCUGUAAGACGAGAUUUUUGUUUUGUUUUGUUUUUUGUUUUUAUUUUGAUAAUAAUAAUAAUAAUAAUAAUAAUAUGAUGUUUCGGAUUGUGCAAAUCAAUGUCACCGUUGCCCAGUCGCGGAAUAGAUCAUAACACCAUUCGUUGAGUGCUGGUAUAGUGCGUAUAUGUGCGUGUGUGUGUUAUUUAGCUGGUUGCACAUCGAAAAAUGUUAAUUAUUUGAUUUCAACCAACUCUGUGGUGUGUGGUAUCCGAGUGGAAAUCAGUUGCCGUGAUUAUCAGAAACUAUCUAACCAUAAAAUAGAGUUUCAGAUAUCGAAUUAGUCGCUAUAAGAAAAUCAUCAUGUCGGUGCCUAAAUUGCCAACCGAUUUCCGGAGGGAUGGCUUAGCUCUGAUCACACGCAUGGUCAGAACAAAAGACUUAGAUGACCUUCAGGGUGAAUCAAGCCCGCCAGGACGAUUUGAUCCACAUCAUCCAACGAAAUUAAAAAAAUGUCUGAACACAAUUGACUUGACCUCUCUAGGUGUCGGUUCUUGUCUGGGAACAGGCAUGUAUGUGGUCACCGGACUGGUUGCUAGGAGGUUUGCCGGCCCUGCAGUCAUCCUCUCGUUUAUUAUAGCCGCUGUAGCGUCACUAUUUUCGGGUGCGUGUUAUGCUGAAUUCGGAGUUCGGGUACCAAACACUUCCGGUUCCGCGUACAUGUACAGUUACGUCACCGUCGGCGAAUUUAUAGCGUUUCUGAUUGGCUGGAACAUGGUGCUCGAGUAUCUCAUAGGAACAUCGGCAUGCGCGUGUGCUCUGAGUGCGAGCUUGGACUCGCUCACUAACGGCGCUAUUAGCGCAUCUGUUCAGAAUUACGUAGGGUUUCUCGGAAAACCAGAUAUCCUGGCCGCAGGCAUUACUCUGUUGAUGAUGGUGCUUCUCGCAGCUGGCGUUAAAAAAAGUUUGAUAUUUAACCAUCUGAUGAACGUCAUCAACUUAGGCGCGUGGGUUUUUCUCAUGGGCGCUGGAUUGUUCUACGUCAAUCUUGAUAAUUGGACCAAGAAUGAUGGGUUUUUGCCGAACGGCUGGGGCGGGGUAUUUAAAGGGGCAGCAACUUGUUUUUACGCUUUUAUUGGAUUUGACAUCAUCGCUACAACUGGUGAAGAAGCUCAUAACCCAAAAAAAUCUAUUCCACUGGCUAUUAUGGCUAGUUUGGUUAUUAUACUUGUAGCGUAUGUAAGCUCUUCAAUAAUGCUUACACUUAUAGUACCGUAUACAAAAAUCGACGAAAACGCCGCUCUGCUAGACAUGUUUGUGCAGGUAGGUGCGCCUAGAUGUCAGAUGAUUGUUGCUGCGGGUGCGAUGGCCGGUCUGUUAGUGAGCAUGUUCGGUUCCAUGUUUCCGAUGCCCAGAAUCAUUUAUUCAAUGGCCCAAGACGGUUUGUUGUUCAAGUCAUUAAGUCAGAUAUUUCCGUUGACCGGUACACCGGUAGUGGCCACUGUACUGUCUGGCGUGGCGUCCGCAGUAGCCGCUCUUGUUAUUAAUUUGGACACGCUUAUCGAAAUGAUGUCUAUUGGCACGUUGUUUGCCUACACUUUAGUGUCGACGUGCGUGCUGAUACUCCGGUACCAGCCGCAGACGUCCACUGUAAUACACUUCUUCCCGGAGACGAUGCGAUCACCCAUGAACGCGCCCAAACAGAUCGUCACCAACGGACGGGUAAACUUUGUGGUGCAGGAUGACCAAAAAUACGCGUACACGAAUCAGGGAUACGGUAACCAGACGUCGUUUUACCAGACACAGUUACCGCUACCGCAGCAAAUCAUACCGUCACACCAGUCGCAGAGGAUCAUGGUCCGAAAGGUGACGAGAAGUUCACCGGAUUCGGAUGACACGUACUUCGGAGACGACUCCGAAGAGGGGCGCGACGAUCAAUACCUGGUCUCGGACAGGUGUGAGAGCAAAUUCUAUGGUUCCGUUCAUGGGGGAUCGACUGCUGGAUCGACGGCCGCACCAGGAGGAUUCAGCGCGGCCAGCGCCAACAUCACUAGAUCCAUUAAGGCCGCCACGUACCUGUGCCCAGCCAUAUUCCCGUGGGUAGAUAUGGGACCGGCCACCGAGGAGAGCGGAAUGGUGGUGCUAAAACUGGUCGGCGUGUUUUACGUGCUCAUCAUCGUAUUCGACGUGCUGCUGGUAUUCGUGUCUUCCGAAUCGUCAACUUUCGUCUACGUCCUGUUGUACACCCUGCUGAUCGCCGUGAUCAUCGUGCUGGGAGCCAUAUCCCGUAAGCCACAGAACAAACAAAUACUCGUCUUCAAAACACCAUGGGUUCCAUUCGUACCGUCAUUCUCAAUUGCCGUCAAUUUGUACUUGAUAUUUCAGCUGAGCUCAAUGACAUUACUUCGAAUAAUCGUAUGGGUUUCAAUUGGUCUAUUUGUUUACUUCUAUUACGGUAUAAAGCAUAGCACGUUGGAACCACGGGUGGACGAGGACGAGAGAAUUGAACUGAAAAUGAAAUCGCAAACGACGACAUUGACAAAACCACAAAAUAAUCGACCGCAAGCCCCGGCUUCGGCGAAGACUUCCGCUAACACCAUCACCUCCACUUCUACCAUCACUUCCACCAGCGUCAGCUCCACUGCGGCUUGUUCCACUGCAGCAGUGGUCAACGAGAAGACCGAACCGAAAAGGCCUACUAACUUAGAACCGCUACCCGCCAACAAGGACAGUAAUUUGUUUGUGUCACCGUCCGCAUUCCCGAAGUGGGAAGACUAGAUUGACUGACCAAAAAAUUCAAAAUUCAAAAAAAAAAAAAUUUAAAUUAAAAAUAAUAAACGUUUUGUCAACUCGACACCGAGACUUCAAUAACGUUGUGUGUAAAUAGGGAUGUAAAAAAAAAAAUAAUAAUAAUAACUACUUAUAAACUUAUAAUUAUAUUAUUACGGUUACAAAAUCAAUUCUUUGGGCUACCAAAAUGACUAUAAUACACUAUAAUACUAUUAUGUUAUUUAUAACACGUUUAAUACGCGUGAUGUUUUUAAUAUAUUCUAUUACCUAGCUACUAUUAUCGAUAUUAUAUUAUAUAUUUUAACUGUCAAACAUAAAAAAAUGUCCUGUAUUAACGGACGAAUUGGAUCGAAAAAGUUUUGAACUAUUUGAGCUAUUCUCAUCACAUCGUCGGGGCUCGUAUAUCGGUAUGCAUUUAAGUGUACGAUUCAGUACGCCGUUAAUUUAUUUUUUUGAAUUCACGUCCAAUCAUGUCUCUUGUGGCGAUUAACAUUAACUUAACUCCAUUAUAUACUAUCUCCUUUAUAAUUGCGCACACUGUCAUAGCGUAUGUAAAAGCUAUUACCUGCCCACCCACCCCCUCGAUUGUCGUUCUUCAGUUUUUUUUCUUGUAUCGUCUCAAACGUAUAACUAAAAUUAUUAUAAUUCAAUAUUCGUUGCCUUUGCGAGUUGGCGUAGUAGUGAAAUUCUUUGUCGAAAUUCGCCACGACAAAUGAUAGUAAAUGAUGUUGGCAAUUAUUAUGAGCACAAGUUAAAAUGGUUUCUCUCGUUUUUACGGUUUAAUUGAGCCACGCAGUUCAAAAAGUUUACAAAAUGCAUUCGUGACACGAAUAUUCUUACACACACCGAUGAUCUCUCUAGUCGAUAUCGAUUUUCAUUCGUUUACUAUGUUCAUUAUUGUUCAAAACUCACGUAUUAUAAUAAGAUUACCAGUUGACUAUAAUAUAAUAUUGUAUUAUACAAAAUAUUUCGUUGUAACUCGCGACAACAGUAAAAACAUUUUUUUUUAUUUCAAUUUUAAAAUUAUUAUUAAAAAAAAAAAAAAGUAACUUUAGUGACUAACUCUAUCUGCAGAUCGCUCGGCUUUACGCGGAUAUCGUUCUGUAGCUAAACGUAUACGAUAUCGUCACGCUGUCCUUUGCAUUAAAAUGUACAACUGAGAAGGACAAACUUUACCUUUAUCUACCCGCCCACCUAUAACUGACAAAUCAAUAAUAUAUUUUCAACACGUUUAAAUAAACCGUCGACAAUUCAAAUGUUCGACAAUGGUCGUUUUCGUUUGAUGAAGGAUUUCUAUCUAUAUUAUAUAUACGCACUCCAACGAGAAGUAGUCAGGCAUGCCUACACGCUUAAUAUAAUAUGAAUGUGUACGUGUAUGGUAUUGAUUAAUAUUAAAACGCAAAAAGCUUUUCAGUUGUCUUUUUUUAAUUGCUAGACGUACUAUAAUUCAUAUUUUAUAUCGGGCCCUGACAUCCGGUUACGUUAUUUCGUCCCUAUUAUAUUCAGUUAUAAUAUUUUAUUGGAAGGCUGCCGAUUUCGUCGAAAAAAUCCUCCUCUUGGUCCACAUCGUAUCCACAACGGUAUUGCAGGUGAAUUUAUGUAAUCCCGAAAUCGUUUUCAAAUAGCCAAUGAUUUCUCCCGUAGGUUGGACAUAAUAUUAUAUUAAAUUAACAUAUUACAUUAUGAUUUAUAUAAAAAAAAAUAUAUAUAUAUAUAUAUAAUAUAAUAUAUAAAUUUUUAUUAUAUAUGUUAAAAAAACAAUAUUUGUUUGUUUUAUUGUUGUGGCAAGACUGGUUUUAUCGAAUUGUAACGUAAAAUAAUUUGAAAUGUUUUAAAUUUGUUAAAUAAUUAUUAUGUUAGUAUUUGAUUGGAUAUAAUUAUAGAAGUCCUUUUUUUCAAUGGUCGUCAGCAACAGAAAAAUAGACGGAGAUUAAGAGAUUACCAUUUCGUGCCUACACGACGAGAAAUUAUAUAAUAUUAUAAAAUUAUAAGCGGAGAUAUGAGUGGGAUAAGUUAUAAUAAGCAGGAAAUCCACGUAAAUUAGUCGAAAGGUCGACAACAAAGACCACACCCCAUCGCAGGCGGUUUGGGCUAUAAAGUCACUGUUGGAAUAAUUUCUCUUCGUUGUCUGCUGACGACCAAAUUAUAUUAUACCCCUAACUUAGAUAUUAAAUAAAUAUAUUAAUUAUAGUGGUUUUUCCUAUUAGUAAGUGAACAGGUAUUAUGUGUAUUUUGAAACUUACAUUACAUUAUAAACUAUUUACUUCAUAAAUUCUUAGUGAUAUAUUAUAGAGCGUGUUUAAGUAUUACUCAUAGUCCCUAGAAUGUUAGUAUAUUAUAUUAUACGCUUUCAAAAUUGACGUUGUCGCGCAAAAGGUUCAAAUCUUCAUCUACAAUUAUUAUUAUUAUUAUUAUGAAACACAACAUUGUAUAGGCUGUAUAUUAAUUAAUAAUUAUCUAUAAAAUUGAUAUAUUAUAUUAUUGUAACGGAAAUCAUUGCAUUUUUUCUUAAAUUGUUUUACGUGCCUUAAUUACACAACAAAAUAAUAUUAAAAUAUUAGAACAUAUGCGUACGAUAAUGUUGAUUGAGAAAAACAUUUAUUUGUAAUUUUUCGGAAAUUUUAUUUCCACUUGGAAAUAAUUAUUCUUAAAUUUAUUUUUGACCUUUUUUUACUAAAUUGGAAAACUGCACAUCAAGUACAAUAUUAUAAACGAAACAAUUAUAAAAUUCAGGAUUUCCAAUACGAUUAAUAUCACAGUGCCAUUAAUCUGAUGCCAAUUUUACGAUUAUACGUACAUUUAGUUCGGUUACCAUUAUUAUAAUUAUCAUUAUCAUUAUCAUUAUUAUAAUUAUUAUUAUUACUAUUAUUAUUACUUUUGUUAUUAUUAUAUUUGUUAUAUAUUUUUUUUUAUUGUUUGUUUAAUAUUUGUUACUUUUAUAUCAUAAUGUAUUAUUGUUAUCGUUACUAUUUAUCAUUUACUUCUAAGUAUACAAAAUUAAAAAUAAUCUUACUGACGACGAAUAUUAAAAAUGGAGAUAAAAAAAAUGUCUCGACACUGGUUCAAUAUUAUGAUAAAAUAUUCACUAUUCUGAAAUUAAAUGGUCGUAGUGCGGAUAAUUGGUUUUUCAAGUCUGAGAUUUAUAAAAUAUAUUGAUUUCAAGGCUCUUUGCUUAGACAAAUACACUAUUGAUAACUGUGGUUAGAAAUAAAUGGCAUAAAACUAUACAAUUACAAAAAUACUCAAUGUUGUUUGAUGGUUUUUCCGUGGUUAACACACGACUGCGAUGAGAUUAGAUAAGGCUGCAUUUAAUGUCUUUAAAAUGAUUAAAUAGCCGAUUAAACAAAAUAUUCGUUAUGUAAACGAUUUAAUGGCAGUGCAGGAUAUUCCACACGGUGUACAUUAUAUAAAGUAGCAACGUUUAUUUUCUUAACAAAUUUAGUUUCUUACCAGGGUGAAACAUAUACACAUUUUUAUAAUUUAAUUUACUUAUACACGAGUGCGUUUUGAUUGACUUUUAAAAUAAAAUUGAUAUCGUUAUCAAUAUGUGCCAAUUUAUAUAAUUAAGUCGUCAGUUCUCUUUGCCGCAAAUGUUAAAAAAAAAAAAUAAUAAUAAUACAUUAACAAUACUUUUGUUAUUUCUGGGUUUGUUUUUUCAUUCCAUGAGCUAUUUAAAUUGUACGAAAAUAAUAUUACAAGUGUAUCAGUUAUUAAAAACGAUUAAAAAACCAAUUCGUUUCGCUACACCAUUUAUUGUAGAAUAAUCAAAACAAGUUUUUGAUAUUAAUUUUUCUUCCUAAACACAAUAUUCAAAUGAUGAUAAAUGGUAUUAUAAAAAAUAUUUUACACGAAAUAAUUUGCAAACAGUUAGUUGAGAAUAUAAUAAUACCGUCUAAACUCAAUUUGUUUCACUAUUUGUAUUUUUGUUUUUUAAUUAUUUUACAAAACAUACCGUGAGUGUGAAUAUUUAUUUACUUUUUUGUUAUACUUUUUUUCAAGUAAUAUUUGCACCCAGUCAAAAAUACAGCUCUGAUCACAUAAUAUCAAUUCGUAAAUAGUGUGUCUAAUUGAUUUAUCAGUGUCUUCAAAUAAUAAAAAAAAAUGAUUUAACACUAAUGCGUCUUGUAAAGAUAAUAUUUAUAUUAUAUAGAUUAAUGGUUAUCUAUAACCUCAAGUAUUAUUAUUAUUAUUAUUAUUAUUAUCCUUCACGUCUUUAUAUAUUGCAUUUGCAUAUAAUAUUAUAUAUAUAUAUAUAUAUGUAUAUUAUGUACGAGCAUUCAAUGUUGUUUAAAAGAACAAUUGUUAUUAUACACUUUAUAUUAUACAUAUAAAUAAAAAAUAUAUUAUAUAUGAUAUUAUAUAAAAUAGUUGUAAACUUUUAAACUGUUUAUCUUUGAUUUGUUUUUCUAAUAUUAUUAUUAUUAUUAUUAUUACGUCUUUUAUCAGACUUUUGAAAAUGUUACCUAAUAAUCGUUAUUAAUUAUUAUAAAUAAUAAAGAAAUCUAAGAAACAAACAUAUUAUGUAAAAUAUUAUUUACAUGCACCUACUUUGUGUAAGGAAAUAACGUGCUAUUCAAAUAGUAUAUUCAAAAAUAGAAACAGAUUACAUAUAAAGCGUACUAUCUACUGUAACCAAUGAAAUAAUAAAAAUUAAUUUAUGCACAGCCGUGUAAUUAAGAUACUUUGGCUAAAAAAAUAUAGCAAAUGCUGCUUAUUUAUUUGUAUUAAA